AUGGAGAGCAGAGGACUUCAUCUGGACUCGGAGACCUUCUCCUGUCCGGUCUGCCUGGAUCUGCUGAAGGAUCCUGUCUCCAUUCCCUGCGGACACAGUUACUGCAUGGCCUGCAUCAGAGGCUUCUGGGAGGAAGAAGGUGAGGACAGAGCCUGCAGCUGCCCUCAGUGCCGCCAGACCUUCGCCCAGAGGCCUGUCCUGGUGAAGAACAGCCUGCUGGCCGUGUUCAUGGACGAGCUGAGGAAAGCUGCAGUGCUGGCUGCCUCUGCCGACGGCUGCCUCGCCGGACCGGAAGAUGUUACCUGUGACUUCUGCACUGGGAGGAAACUGAAAGCCUUCAAGUCCUGUUUGUCCUGUCUGGCCUCGUACUGCGAGAAACACCUCCGGCCUCACCACGACGUGGCUCCGCUGCAGAAACACAAGCUGGUGGAGCCCUCCAAGACGCUGCAGGAGAACGUCUGCUCCCGGCACAACGAGCUCAUCAAGAUGUUCUGUCGGACUGACCGGGUGUGUAUCUGCUACCUCUGCUUCGUGGAUAAACACAGACGCCACGACGCCGUCUCGGCCGAAGCGGAAUGGACUGAGAGGCAGGAGCAGCUCUGGGCGAGUCGAGAGGAAGUAAAGGAGAGAAUCCAGAGCAGGGAGGACCAUGUGGAUCUGCUCCAGCGGGAGAUGGAGGCCAUCGAUCGCUCUGCCGACCAGACGGUGGAGAGCAGUGAGAGGAUCUUCAGCGAGCUGAUCCAAGUCAUCCAGAGGAAAAGCGGCGACGUGCGGCGGCUCGUCCGAUCCCAGCAGGAGACGGAAGUGAAUCGAGCCAGAGAGCUGCAGGAGAAGCUGAAGCAGGAGAUCUCCGAGCUCAGAGGCAAAGACGCUGAGCUGGAGCGGCUCACGCACAUGGAGGACCACACCCAGUUUCUACGAAGCUACCCCUCACCGCCGCCACUUGGCCAGUCCCCGCCAUCCCCCGGCUUCAAACCGCGGCCUCUCAGGUACUUUGAGGCCGUGACGGCCGCCGUGUCGGGGCUCAGAGAUCACCUCCAGGCCCUGGUCAGUGAGGACUGCACCAUCACCUCGGGGACGGUGGCUGAAGUGGACGUUCUGCUGUCGCCUCCAGCGCCGGUGACCAGAGAGGACUUCUUAAAAUACUCAUGUGAAAUCACGCUGGACGUGAACACUGCGCACAACAACCUGAUGCUAUCGAACAGCAACCGGAAGGUCACCGCUAAGCUUCUCCAGCUACAUCCUCUCAGUGCAGAGCGGUUCACUGAGAGCCCCCAGGUCCUGAGCAGAGAGCGUUUAGGCGAGCGUUGUUACUGGGAGGUGGAGUGCAGAGGGCAGAACGUCUCGGUCGCAGUGGCGAGCAAGAACGCUGACCGAGUGGGAAGCGAAGAAAAGUGCAACUUUGGCUGGAACGACAAAUCCUGGGCUUUAUAUUGUGGCUACAGUGGCUGUUUCUUCUGGUACAACAGCAUCAAAACCGAGGUUUCUCGUUUUCCUGCCUUCAAAGUAGGAGUGUACCUGGAUCAGCGAGCGGGCGCUCUGUCUUUCUUCCACAUCUCGGACUCCAUGACCCUCCUCCACAGGGUCCAUGCCAGAUUCCCUCCGCCGCUGCUCGCUGGGCUCGGGCUUCACGGCCAGCUGCGGUCAGGAACUGCUGAGAUCCGCAAACUGGAAUAG